UUAUGCAGAGAAACAGUGCUUGUCAAUCUCAUGAAGAAAUCAAAGAAAACGUAUGACUCCUUUCAAGAUGAAUUAAUGGAUUACAGUAAAGUUCAGAAAGCUAGAGGCAUAGAGCAAAGAAGGUAUUUAGGAAGAGCAGAAGAGGAAGAGUUUCAAGAUAAAAACAUUGAAGGAGGAAGUGACCUUGGUAAGGUUUUAUCUUCAAACUUUCAGUGUGAACAAGGCCAGCAUUCCAGCCAGUCACCUACAAAUACUGGGGAAAAUAGAUCACCAAGCUGGCCACCAGCUUGUGAGCCUGCACUAGAAAAGACACCUAAUUGUCACUAUAACAAGGGAUGCUGUAAAGAAGAGCAAGCAUCUGAGGUAGCCACCAUUAGAGAGAGGAGCUUCAGCCUAUUGGUUGCAGAAUCUAAAGACUGCUUUGAACUUAGGCUUGCUGGAACUUCUACCAGCUCCUACAGAAAAGAACAGAAAUUUCAGUUAAAACAUUUUGAGGAGGAAAAAUUUAUCAGUGAAGAGCUGAAGUUUGAGAAAGAAGCCACAAAACAGAAAAGAAAGAAAAAUAGUGAAGGUGCAGAUUUUGGAAAAGAAAAUGAGAAGCAAAAGAGAAUUAAAUUUGAGGUAGACUUGGUAAAUGAGAAGAAAUCAAUACCUUAUAAAAAUAAAAGACUUAAAGAAAACCCUGCUGAGAAAGAGAGCAAAAAGCACAAAAAGGGUAAAAAGAAGCCACAGACAGAUAACAGAAAAGAAGAGGAGCUACUUUGGGAUGAAUCUGUCUUGGGAUGUUGA